AUGGAAAGGAAACCUUGUGAUUGGUUAUCAUCAACUUUACAACUUGAUACUACCAACAAUGCUGCUUUUCUACAAUGUAUUCCACAGCAAACCAGGUCAUGUGGAAUAUGGAAAUCUCAAAGAUGUGGUGAAGGGGCAACAUUUGAUACAAGAUUGCAAAUUUGUUCAUUUAAUCGUUUAACAGGUUGUCCAGUAGGUUCUAUACCGGUUAGUCGUUGUGCUCAGCAAUCAUUCAUGAAUAGUUGUCCUGGAGGUUCACAAUGUACGGAGGAAUAUCAAGUUUGCUGCCAACCAAUAUCAAAUUUACGAACUGGUUAUGAACCAACAUUACCAAUAUCAGUACCAGUACCAGCACCACUACCAGAAUCAAUUAGUAAAUAA